UUGGAAAAGAGGUCUCAAUUUAUUUAGGAAUUAGAAGCAAAGUGACAUAACAAUUGGUUCUGGGACAACUGACAACCUGGUGUGGAACAGCUGAAGGCUUUUGAUCAAGAAGUGAAUGACUUUGUGGAUUAUAUGUUUGGAGAUAGAGAUCCCAGGGUCAGAGGGUGGCUUAUGCUGGAUUCAUACUUACCUACUUUUGCUCUCACUAUGCUGUAUCUGCUCUUCAUAUGUCUGGGCACCAUGUUUAUGAAGAACAGGCCUGCUUUGUCACUCAGGGGUCUUCUUAUUGUAUAUAACUUUGGCGUCACAGUGCUAUCGUUUUACAUGCUGAUAGAGCUAAUUCUUGCUACAUGGGAAGGAAAUUAUAACCUACAAUGUCAGAACUUGACCAGCGCAGGAGAAGCUGACAUCAGGGUGGCCCGUGUGUUGUGGUGGUAUUACUUUUCCAAAGUCAUUGAAUUUGCUGACACAGUUUUCUUUGUUUUGCGAAAGAAAAACAAUCAAAUAACUUUUCUUCAUGUUUAUCAUCAUGCCACUAUGUUUAACAUCUGGUGGUGCGUCAUGAACUGGAUACCUUGUGGACAAAGUUUCUUUGGACCCACUUUGAAUAGUUUUAUCCACAUCCUCAUGUAUUCUUACUAUGGAUUGUCGGUCAUUCCAUCCAUGCGUAAAUACCUUUGGUGGAAGAAAUACCUCACUCAAGCACAACUGAUUCAGUUUUUGCUCACCAUUACACAUACACUCAGUGCAGCUGUCAAACCCUGUGGUUUUCCCUUUGGAUGCCUCACCUUCCAGUUCUCCUAUAUGGCCACAUUGGUGGUUCUGUUCAUUAACUUUUACAUCAAGACGUAUCGGAAAGCAUCUUCAAAAGCCAAUGUGAAAGAGAUUCCUCUGGUGACAGAAAUUAAGAAUGGGUUCCAUAAAGACUACCUAAAGGAAAUUAAUGGUGCUCUGAAGAAAAAAGCACAAUAACCAUAUUUUUACUAUUACUUUGUAGAAUACAAAUACCUCUCACAACACUUUUCUAAAACAAAGCAAAACUAUUAUACACAACUUUAGUACAAUUUUAAACUUGGUGGCAAUUGGUUCUUCUACUCUCUAUUUCAUUGAUUUCUUUUUAACAAGACUUGUAAAUGGUGAAGGCACUUAUCUCUUUUA